AUGACCGAAACGUACGAUUCUGCUCAUCGACACGCCAUGCAGAUGAGUGAGUCAAAGCCAUACACCACGGCUCAGCAAGAGGCUCAACGUCACGCACCCUUGAGCUCGCCCGGUUCCUCUCCUACACCUUCCAACCCUUCGCAUCCGGCCUCGCUCAACGGCGACGACGCGAGACAUGGAACUUCGCCCGCUACGUCGGUGGACGGCGCAUCGAUGCCUCCGUCUGGACUCAAACUCGAUCUGUCCACCAGCCAAUCCCAGAGUCGCUCUGAACAGCAGGCUUCUCUCAGUCGCGCUGGUGUCGCCCGUUCUCCCCAUCCGCUCGACAGCUCUCAGGAGGCACGUUCGUCUCUAGCAGCUAGGUCGGGUGGCAUCCUUGCGACAAUGCAGGAAGAAGGACCGGCCUUCUCCGAGAGUCGACGUGGCUCCACGCUGGGCUUCGAUGCAAACCAAUCCUAUUCCCACAUGGAGCAAGCGAUGCGUGCCUCGCGUCAUCGUUCGGCCUCCAGCGCUGCCGCUCUUGCCCUUCACAGCAGCGGCGGUCCCUUUGUGGAUCGAUGGACCAGCAACGCUGCCGGACGAAUCGCGCCUGCUUCAGUGGUCUCUUCUCGAACCAUCUGGGAAGGCCCCAAUACCGACGCGCUGACCAGUAGCGCCACUUCCAACUCCGGCAUUCCGCCAAGGCCAUUUCCGUCGCUGCAGCGCGGCUUUUCCGCUUCGUACGUCCGCAACGUACAAGAGCCUGCAUCACCUUCGCCGUUUUUGAGCUCGCCUGCCGGUUUUCAUGAUCUUGGUCUCGACUUCUCUGACCAUUCGCUACGCACGUCGCGCUCCAGCUUUCACAAUACUUCCUCGCCAUUUGGUGCGACACCCGACCUUCCAGAGCUAUCGAGCUAUCCCGAGGCACCGAUCGCAGGUAAUGACGAAGAAGUGCAGCGUCCUGCCGCUGGUACCGAGUCUCGACGUCACUCUGUCGCGGGAACGGGCCCGGUUCGCGAGUCUGCUGGCGUCAUUGGAGGCCAUCGACGCGCCAUUGGCUUUGAUGUAGUUGGAACCUAUGCUCAGCACGACAAUGGUCGGGGUGGUAAUUCUACCGGCGUCUGCAAAGAGGGAGUAUGGACCCGUGCUCUAGGCCACGGACGAGAUCGCAGCGUCAGUAAUGUCUUUCCGGGCUUCAAUCCUUUUGCAGGCAGCAGCUUGGCUUUGUCCAUGGACGAUCUCGCCGGCGACUAUGGUCCUGAGCCGACGUCGCCAUACGGCAUGCGACGCUCGGACCUGUCUGGUGACAGUGCGACGAACGCUAGCGCACAGGCCGCGUCAAUGCCAUCAGCCACUGACACAGGUGGCUUUGGCAGUUUCGACGCAAGAUCGAUCGGCUUGGCCGAUUCAACGCAGAUUCGUGCUUCUCGCGGCGGCAAAGAGAGUCUCUCAGCCAGCUGGGACCAGAUGACGCCUUCGCAGAUGGCAGCGCUCUCCCCAGGCGAUGGCCAACGCACACUGGCCGAGAUGACGAGGCAGCUCCGUCAGAUGUCGAUUGGCGAAGGCGAUGUGCGAGGACGCCCUCGUGCAGCUGGCGUCGCCUCAAUCUUUGACAACCAGUUGGAAGGCACCCGCACCGUGCGCGCAAGUCCUGGAACGUCCCCCGCCGGUGCCCGCGGCGAUACAGCUGCGAACAGUCCUGGCACGGGUCGCGGCCUGUCAGCUCAGGCCAAAUCGUUCACAGCUUCGCAGCCGCUUGCAUCCUUGCCACGAGACCAGUUCGGCAGUGGUGGUAGCUCUACGGUUGUCGGCCUGAAUGACACGCCUGCCUAUAGUUUUCCUCCGCCUGCCGUCGUUGCAGUGCAAGGCGGUCGUCUCAUGCCGCAGAUGGCGGGCGUUCCCGCUUUUCUCCCGCUGCCACAGCCGCCACUUGGCUUUGGCGGCGCCAAUCCGAUGACACCCAUGUCUAGCUCGCAGAACGACUUGACUUUUUCUAGCCUGGCAGCACUGGGACCCAUGCCGCCGUCUUCGAUGGGGCCGCCCGGUGGCAUGAUGGGUAGUGGAGCAGCCGGUGGACCACUUUCCAGCGCAGGCACAGCCGGAGAGCUGCAAGAUCUCGGCAAGGGAGUGCCGCUCUCGAGCCUGUCGAAGGACACGCCACUCUAUAUAGUCGAGUUCAAGCAAGGACGCACAGAUCUAUUCUUCCGUUCGACGUCACCGUCGUCUUCGCCCUCGAACUGCAAUGGCGAGUCCAUUCAACGCGGUGACUUGGUCAUUGUAGAAGCCGAUCGAGGCAAAGAUCUUGGCACAGUGGUCAACGACAGCAUCACGGUCGAGCAGGUACAAGCAUUCCUUGCGCAUCAGUCGGAUCUGACGAUCGGCACGGCGGUGGUAGGAGCUGGUGGCCAGCUCAGUGGAGCUCAUGUAAGCGAUGAGACGUUGUCGAACGCUUCGGGUCGAAGCGGCUCUCCCCCUUCGACCACGGGUGCGACGAUAGCAUCUGGCGGUUCGAGCAUCGCUUCCACCCGUCCAAUGCGCACCAUCAACCCCAAGCGGCUCUUCACCAAAGCUACUGCCGCCGACACAAGCACGCUCUUUUCCAAGGCACAGGACGAGGAGCGAGCUCUGCAGCUGUGCAUCUCGAAAGUGAUGCAACGAGGAUUACCGAUGAGCGUGGUAGCUGCUGAGAUGCAGUGGGACAGGCGCAAGCUCACGUUCUACUAUACGGCGUCGAUGCGCGUCGACUUUCGAGAUCUUGUCAAGGAGUUAUUCCGACUGUACAAGACGCGAAUUUGGAUGUGCCACCUAGGUCAUCCGAGCGGUGCUGGUAUGAGUUGA